AUGGUCAGACAGAAAGCGUUAGUGAAAGCCGUGCGGCGACGUCGGAACCCGAGCGAACGAAGGAACGAACGGUCGUGCAGCCCGAUAGCCGAUCCCCCCCGUCCGCAUCGCGGGAUCGACUGGCUAGAAGAAAAACGAAGGCUGGAACGAGCUUUGACCAUACCGGGAACGAGCUCGAUUCGCAACGCUCUCAUCCAUGCCAACGAACUACGGAUCUUUGUUUUUGCCUGA